AAAAUUCGGCCGAAUAUAAGUACGAGCGUUUAAGAGAGAGGAUGUUAGACUCAAACCAAAUCUGUGGCAGUCGAAGACAGCACCAUGCUCCGAAUCAUUAUCGCCAGUAUUUUGUGCGUCUCAUACGUUACGGCUAUGACGACAACUCACAAACCUCACCAUGGCCAUCAUCAUUCAAACACGACACAUCGACCACAUUCUAACACUACACGAGAACCAGGCGAGAAAGACUCUUUCAGGUUUGUCUACGAACCACACACGCAACAAAUGGUGGUAGUAAACGUACACGAUUGCUACGUCUUCUCGCUGAGUGAUUCAGAGAAGGUAGCUGUACACACCGACGCUGGUAUCAGAGCUUUGGAGCUUAAGCUGUUGAGCGCUCUUAGCACCUCUGCUGUGGUCACUACAACUAAGGACCAGCUGAACCCUCAUGCGGCUCAUCUCUGUGGAGGACAUGCCACAGCAUUUUAUAAAGAAGCUAGCCCUUAAGUCUCAGAAGUUUUGUAACAAAGUUGUUAAUAUGAUUUUAAAGAAUAUAAUAAAAGAUGACUUUGCUGA